AUGGACAAUGGAGCAAGAUGCGACGGAAUUACCAUCUCUUUAUGCAACAAUGCACCAACAAAGACCGGGCAACCACUGCAGACCAGCUUCUUGAAAAUGAGCAAGCGUCGCAUAUCAGAGACUAUAUCACCAUCAUCUCCAGAUCCAUCACCGGUCCCAGCCCAGUCACCAGCACCAGCACCAGCACCCAAACGACGCCGAAUGCGACGACAACGCCACAGCCACUACCUGUCCAUCGACCCUCCAUCUCCGGAGGACUACUACCCACCCAGCCCGACCACACCUACUACCCCCGUGUCUUCUCCCAUCCCUUCUGCACCAUCAUCCCCCCCUCAACAACCAUCACAAUCCUCACCACCACCACCACCACCACCACGACGAACCCCCCGAUAUCGACACAUCCUCCCCAAACCACCACCCACAUCUACCUCUCCAACCAAGCCCACCCCCCAACCUCAACCUCAGAAAAAAACACCUAAUAGUAAAAUCCACCCCCACCUCCCCCUCAUCCUCGCCCACUUCCGCACGCCCCUCCACCCCCUCGUCUCCAGCACCACCGGCCACCAACACCCCGAUUUCCCCAGAUCUUUACUCCAAUAUAACCUCCUCACGUCCGAGCAACUGGAUAGACUCGCAGUGCACUUCCAUCAGGUGGACCCGCCGGUGCGCGGCACGUUCUGGUAUCCGGUGAGGAUUGUGCAGCCGUGGAUUAGGAGGGAUGGGGGUGCGAAGGGGUAUGUCGCGGAUGAGGAGGUGGGGUUGGAGGUGAAGAGGAGGAGGUUUGGGAGGUUUAUUGGCCUUAGGGGGUGUGAGGAAAUAUUACCCUCUGGGUCUUUGAAGAGGAGGAGAGGGAAGGGGGUGGUGAGGGAGAAGAAGUUGGAGGAGGAGGAGGUUGAGGAGGGGGAGAUUAGGGAGGAGGAGGAAGAGUAUGAGGAAGAAGAAGAAGGAGGAGAAACGGCAGAGGAGAUGUUGGCGAGGAUGGAGAGGGAGUGGUUUGAGGCGAUGGUGAGGGCGAGGUAUGAAGGGGAGUAUGCCAUGAGGUGGAAGAUGGGGAGGGGGUAA